AUGUCAACUUUAAUUAGUGAGCCUAGAUUAACAGCGACAAAAUUUCACAACUUUAGGUGUAGUGAAAAUAUGCGUGCCGUUGAAACUUUCUUCAAGGUUAUCCCAGCCUCAAAUUGGUCUUUGGAAGCUUACAUCAAUUAUGUUCUUGAAAACACCGAUGUUUUACUCAAUUUUGAACAGAUGUUCUUUAAUUUCAAGGAAAGCGUUGACCAAAUUAAUCAGAUUUUCACAGUUCCUGUAUCUGUUAGAUCAUUUUGCCAAAGUUAUAUUCGGUGGCUAGAAACGCUGACAGGUAAGUGUGUCAUUGAAACAUGCCACAAAUUUUUCGAUGCCAAAAUAUUGCUAAAGAAGAAAAUCGCCAUAAAAGCUGUGAUUGAGGAAACGGUCAAUGUCUCCACUCAUACGAUAGCGUAUCAAACUUAUCUGCAACAAGGGGAAACUUCAAAUAAACGAAAAUUAGAAAUAGAUGAAUAUGUUGAUGAUGACGAAGGGCAAAUCACUCUCUUUGAUGAAAAUAAUGAAGAUGUAUUGAUUGGUAAUAUCAAUGAGGAUGAAUUGAUAAAUGAGAACGCCCUACCAUUGAUGGAUUCAGCAGAAGUGGAUAAUGAAGUGAAUAUUCAUACAGAUUUUAUCGAAGAGUUAACGACAUCUUUUGAAAUUUAUAGAUCAAAAAUUCCAAUAUCAAAAAAAGCUAUAACAAAACAUAAUAUGAAAUACUUUUCUUCUGUGUUAACGGAAGAAGAACUUAAGAUGAGCACCAUGUUUCCCUUUUAUCGUGGUGUAAUUGACAAUAAUGUUAUUAAGGAUAAGUGGGGAGAAAAUGUUUCACAUUCAAAUACAGAUGCACGUAAUGAAAAUAAUAAUCCAUUUAACAAGUCAAGAAUUGGACAUAAAGUAGAUAUGCUUGGAACAUUAAUUCGAACUCCGAUUAAAGCUGAGGUUUUAUUUGGUGAAGUUUCAGGAGGAAUUGGGCCAUUUGGCUUUCCAGCAGCAUCAAAAAAGAAAAGAUUCCUUGAUAAAGUUAAGUUAGGAGUCAUUAUGAGAGACUCUUUAAAUAUAUUAUUAAAGAAUUGGAGACAUAUUAAUGAUAAUGAAAGAAGGAAGUUGACGAUAUAUGGUUGGACACAACAUGGACUUGAUGUGAAUAUUUAUGCUAUGCAGUGGUAUGGUAACAAAAUGUAUUUAUUUGGAAUGCUGGAUAAAGCAGUUAUACCAUCAUCAAAUGAUAAUUGUUUAUUAUUUGAAGAAUUAUAUUGUGUAUUAAAAGAGUUGGAAGUGAAAUUAACCAAAACAGAAGAAGUAAUCAAAGAUUUAAAUAAUAUGAAUAUGAUAGGCAAAAGAAGACAUAUCUCUGUGGAAAACUCCCCCAUGUUAAAUAUAAAUAGGACCCCGCAAUCAUGA